AUGACGAUCGUGCAGAGACAACCAGGUACAAAAGUAAACAGAAAAGCAAAAAGCACGUAUACGCCCGAGCAUAUCCAAAGACUCUCAGCAAACAUGGGUCAAUCUACCUACGACCUCAUUGAGACAGCACUCAUUACUGGUGGCGCAGGCGGCAUCGGUCGUGCUAUAGCUGAGAAUCUGAUCAGUAAAGGCAAGAAAGUCGUCAUUUGUGGUCGCACCGAAUCGAAACUUCAGUCAACCGCCAAGGAGAUAGGGGCUGACUAUUAUGUCCUCGAUACCAGCAAAGUCGACCAAAUACCAAACUUUGUAGCAAAGCUGCUCAAGGACCAUCCAGAUAUCAACACUCUAUUCAACAAUGCUGGAGUUCAACGACCAUUUGAGAUCCCAGGCUCGAAUUUCAGCAACGGCGAUUAUGGCUUCGAUCUCAGCAAAGCGGAUCAAGAGAUCGACACGAAUAUUCGGGGCCCUAUGCACCUCAUCGUGGCACUUCUGCCACAUUUCACAUCUCUUCCAUCUGGCAAAAGUGGCGUGGUUGUGAACGUCAGCUCGGUGUUAGGCUUCAUGCCUUCUAGUAUAAUAAAUCCUGUCUAUAACGGGACCAAAGCAUGGAUUCACUCUUUCACCGUGAACAUGAGAACACAAUUGAAAAAGAGCGCGAACGUCAAAGUGAUCGAAAUAGUUCCACCUACUGUUUCCACCGACUUGCAUCGUGAAAGGACGAACCCAGACGACAAUAAGAAGGCCAAUAACCAGGCAGCGCUAGAACUACCCGAGUUUAUUGCCGAAAUCGAAAAAGGACUUCAGAGUGGAGAGGAUGUGAUCAGCGCAGGUACCGGGAAGGCGUUGGUGAAGAUGUGGGACGAAGGUCUGGGAAAGAAGUAUGAGGAGGCUGCUAGAAAGUAG